ACGUUGCCCGGCUUCUGUAUUGAGGCAUUUAGUCGUCGCUGCUCGGCCCGCAUCCGUCCUCGCAAUGUGCGACGCCAGACCACGUAAAACUGCACCUGCCAUACAAGAGAAACUCGCCAUUUAUGAAAACGUGUUAUCGGCGAGCGCAUUGAGCGCGGGCGGCGGCGUGGGAGCGGUCCCCACGCUGGUGUCACAGUCUGGUGUUGGUGUGGAGGUGGACAUGGUGCAGGAAGGCGGCGGUGCGGCAGGCGAUGGUCUCAUCGCGCCGCGCCGCGUGCCCAACCCUUGUUUGGAGAGCCCACAGCGUAUGGACUUACACAGGGAGCUUCUCUUUAAUCAGAGGAUAGGUAAAAAUGUCCUCAACCAAAAAAGUGAACUAGAAAGGGCUCUGUCGAAACACAAAGAGAAGCAAAUAAUGAACCAAGUGAAGGAACACAGGGAGACACCAGAGCUUGAGCGUGCGAUAGCAGAGCGAGCUCGUCGGUUGGAGCAAGCAGAACAAAGUACGGAGGAACCAGAGACUGGUGCCAACCCUACGCUGCAGCAGAUACGAGCCCGGCUUCGACACGCAGCGCCCUCUGCGCCAGCGGCCUCUGCCCACUGAACUAACCCAGCCUUACAAACAUCUAAAUAGGAAUAGGAUUGCCAAAUAGCUACGCAAUGAGCAACUUUACCCUUCCCAACUUUUUUGUCUUUACACGACCGUGAUGUGUCGAUCUAUAAAACUCUCGUCGAAAGUAAAGACAAAAAUGUUGGACUAAAAUUCCUCGAACAGGCUCGUAGUAGUGUCUACUAAACUCAAGGUAUGCUAGCUUGGUAACUUACCUAAAUUCUAGGUCCAGAAAUACUCCAACCGAAUUGAAUUAUGUACAACCGAAUUUGCGUAAGCGGCCAAGGUUAUGCGUAAUAACAUGCAUCUUACGAUUCAUAAACUUGGUACGACCUCCUUCGAGGACAGUCCUAUUGUUCUUUGGAUCGUAUAGUAGUCCCCGUAGCACUUCACCUGCCAACUUCAAAAAUGAAUAUUUAACUCUUAUCCGCUCCUUCACAAACCACAUAGUUGUAGUGAUGGGACACCAUCAACCCGAUCUAUAAGAUCGGGGUAUUUUGCACUAAUAUUUGAUCCAAACCCUGUAGAAUAUAGUACGUAGAUGUUCUACUAUCAUCGUUAAAACUAGUGGAUAGAAGCCCUAAAAUAUCUAUUGGCUAAAAUACAUAUUCCACUUUAAUCAAUUGUUACAAAAUUUCACUUGUCUCGAUAUUAGAUUCUGAGAAAUAUUAAAACAUAAUUAUGAUAUCAGUAGUCGCACACCAAUGUUUUCUGUGAUUAGCGCCAUCUUUGUGUAGUAGUAGGUAACUCUUACUCACUGUAUCACACUAAUUCAGGGUGUCGGUGGACGUUGAGGAACUCGACUGGGGUCCAAAUGGACUGUAUUCAGGGGUCAAGGAGAUUUGAAGGGUUAUUGUAUAAACAUGGGAUUGAAGAUAUGGAAGUGCACUGUAAUUAUAAGCAUUGAGCGAGUGUUGCUGAUGGUGUGAGUGAUACGCUUUGAUUGCCAAAGCUUGUUUGAUUAUAAUCGGAUACUUUAUUAAAUAAGACGAACAGCUAUGCUUUAAUCUUUUUUUCGAUGAAAAAGGUCACUUAAAGUGUCACAAUAUUUAAAACGGUAGCGAUUUAUUUGUUAUUAUUUAGUAGUUUAUAUAAUGGGUGGGGAGACACUUGUAACAGCCUCGAUAAUUGAUUCUAUGAUAAAUAUUGUAAUUGAUUAUGUUUAUUUAUGCAUGCAAAUGUUUAAUUGCAGUAAUACGUAAUAUCGAACAACUAUAUGACUGAGGAUUCGACUGCGUGUGUUGUAGUAAUAAUGAUAAGAGGUAAUGUCGACUUCAAACAAGAGAAUACAAAUAUUUUUCUAAACUUUUUGACGUCACAAUUCUUAACAAUUCGUAGCGUUCAUUCGUAAGCAUUUACUGUUCUUGUUGUACUCUUAACUUAUCUCUCGCUGUACGUUUUAGUGAUAAUAUAAAUGUCAAAGUAAUAAUUGUAAUAACUAUUUUAUGACAUUAAUUAUUAUUAGAGAGUAGAUAGAUGUUUGCAAUUUACAGAUGUAUGGUUUAGAAAUAUUAAAGUAUAAACAUAUUUUAUUGUCAGAGUAGAGAUAUGAGAAGUAGUGUGGAUCCUAAAUAGAUAUCCAAGCAUAAUAUUGAAGUUGAAAUAUAUUAAUCUACAAUACAAGCCUAAUCAGUAAUUGUAAUGAAUUUAACAAAUAGCUUUAUGGGCACGUAAUAAUAUUAUAAAAAAUAUCUAAUUUUCUACAGAUCCUUGCACGAUAGGCCUUCCUUAAUAUGACUCCAAUUAAUAGUUGACCAGUGUAUUAGAAUUUGAAGUGUUCAUGAAAGUGAUAGAAAAGUAUUUUUAUAUAUUUGUGAUGCCUGGAGGUUCACUACAGGUUUUCAAAGUUUAAUCGAUAUUCGUAGUAACCCUGAUGAAUGACACAUGAAAAUAUUCACUACACGUAGAUAUUAAUCAAUAAUAACGGGUAACGUUGUAACGUUGCUAAUAUAGAAUUAUUUAUAAUACUUCUCUAAUAUUGUUUUAGUCGCCACCUGCAGAGAUAUUUGAUUAAAGCUUGCUAUUUAUACUUUUUGAUGAAUCUCUUACUAAUUGUUCGCCCCUUAUUUGCAACUGUCCCUAAUAGUUCUUUUUCAUUUAGCCUAAUAUUAUGUAACGCAUUAUGUUCUCUAGUGUGCCUAAUUAUAUAACUUGUUAUUUACUUUCAGAGUAUUAAUUAUUUAUCGUUAUUAAGUUAGAUUGUAAUAGGAUGACGAUUCUCACAAAGAUACCAAAAUUACAAAAAAAAAAAAAUGUUCUUGUAGUUGACUAUCAUUCCACUUGUUAUUCUUUCACUUGCUAUGAUUUCCUUUGUCGAAAUGUUUUCAUUUUCUGUUAAGAUUAUUGUUAAGUUAUUGUAACUUAGUACAAAAUGGCUCCUUCAUGAUAUGAAGGCCAGUUGGCUUCGGAAGCUGCAUCGUGGCCAUCUUAAGUGCGACAUUAUUGACGAAAGUAGUGUUAAGUCUCUUUGUAUUGAUAGUAUGACAUGGAACCUGUAUGAAAAUUAUUUGCAUAGUCAAAUAAAAAUGUUUUAGAAUA